GCUCGGACGGUGAGCCAGCUCGUGCUUGCGAAGCUACUCGCAGGCGAGCCCAGCCCGCGGCUCCCCUCUUUAUUUUUUAUUUCAGAGCACGACUCCAGGGACGCCAUGGACGCGGCCCCGGAACAGCCCAAAGAUUCACCUGAGGCCGAACAACCUGGGCCGAGCCCGGGCCAGGGAGGACGACAGCCGAGCCUCAAGGUUUUGGCGAUUAUGUUCUGCGUGGUCCUGGGCCUGGCACUGGCGUUCGCCCUGGGAAGCCGCACUUCGUCUUCGCCGCACGAAGGCGAAGGCGGCGUCAAGUCACCGCCGCCGCCGACAUCCGCUGUCGUCCGCCAGCCUCACGACACCGCUGCCCCAGUAAAAUCGGAGCAGCACGCGGAACCUGCGAAAAGUCAAGUGGCAAAACAAGUCGCCGGAGACGGGGCGUACCGGACAGCGUAUGUAAACGUUUCCGUGGACCACGUGGCAAUUGGACACGCUCCUGCUGCCGACGUUGCCAAGCCCGCAGGCCCUGCUGAAGGAACUCCCGGCCAAGGCGUUGCUGCCGGCCCGCUGUUCUGCGUGGUGUCGAACAGUGCCACGCACGCGGCCCAGUUCCCACGUGACGUGUGCACGCACCUAAUUUACUCGGACGUCCACUACCUGGUCGACGAGGGAAAGUUCGUGCCUGUCAACGACCAGACGUUCUCGGCGCUGUUGCUGCUGACGAGCACCACCCCGCAGCUAAAGAUCUUGGUCAGCGUCGGGGGCCCCACCCUUGACGAUAUGGAGCGCUCGCCACCGCUCCUCACUCGCUUCGCCAGAAACGCCGCGGGUUGGCUGACGUCUCGCAGCCUGACGGGCCUGGCCUUCAUCGAGUACGCGGCCUCAACGACCCGCAUCGUGGAGUACGCCGUUCCCCUGCAGUACCUGCAUGACAAGCUGUCUGAUAUGGGCCAGAAGAUCGUGUUUGGCGUUCUCAUCGAGGACUGGAGCGGACCCCUACAAUCAGUCGCCACCCAUCUGACCAGCAUUGCCGAGCACGUGGACUACAUGUUCCUGCAGACGCACUUCGAGAAAGAGGGCGAGAAGUGCCGCGUGGCCCUGCCCUCCGUGUACGCCGCAACCAGCAACAGGACGGGCACCAUCCCCAUCUCUGUCGUCAUGAACUGGAUAGAGGCCGUGCAAGGAAAUAGCGGCAAGCAGGCCACCAUGUGCUUCUCCGUCAGCAUGGCGGCCUUGCUCUACCGCUCUCACAAGGACUACAGUGCUCCAUGCGAUGACGUCAGUUCCAUCAACUACAUGCAGAUCUGCGAGCAGGCACCGUGGCCUGCAGUAGUCGGCAGCACGGGCCAGGCUUCGUUGGCGUACAUGGGAUCACAGGGCGAGCAGAUUGAGAGUCACGAGACGGCUGACCUGCUCGCCGUCAAGGUGUCCCGCGCCGUGUUGCAUCUACCCGGCGUGUGUGUGGCCGCGUUCGACGUGGACCGCGACGACUACGAGGGAGUGUGCGGCGAGCCGUUUGCACGCCUGCGCGCCGUCCGCCAGGCACAACACGCUGAUAAAUCUAGAGCUGGACAAGGGCGUUCUUUGCCCGAAGAGAAAGUGGGGGACGAAGAAGAAGGUGAAACUGCCAAGCGAUGCAUGCCACGUGGAAAAGAGCACGAGCGCCCGCUGGUGUGCGUGCUCUCUGAACGGACGGAGCAUGCGCGGACAGUCACGACCAGCUACUGCACGCAUGUGGUCUUCUCGUUGCGGCAGUUCGGAAACACUGACCUUAAUGUUCUUCCUAACGGUUACCUGGCCCAGCUACAGGAGAGCGGCGUACGAGUGCUGGUGGCGGUACAUGAGCGACUGCUGCAACUGACCUCGCUACGCGAAAGCGCCGAAGAUACCGCGCGGCAGCUGCGAGACCGCAACCUGGACGGCCUGGCGCUACUCUACGUUAGUCGUUCCACCCGGCAGUUGCCUUCGCUGGAGCGCAAAAUGAAGGAACUGCACGACGUGUACCAGAACAGUGGCUUGUGUGUGCUGCUCAGCCUUCAGAUUGUGGACUACGAUAAGCCGGCAGCUUAUACAGGUGCCCUGCUGAACAAUCUGAACAAGUACGUCGAUUUCCUUGUGGUGAACACACACUACAGUGGAGACUAUGGCCCUUGCCGUGCCACACCUGCAUCAACCUUUAACCAUCCAUUGACCACAUGUAUACCACAGGUGCCGGUGAACCUCGCACUAGAGUGGAUGCACAAUGUCACUGGAGGGUCUUCGUACAUCUGCUUCUCUGUGGACAUGCGGGCUUUUGCCUACCACAUGUACGGACCCAUGGUUAUGGAUCAAGCGUGUUACAGUGAGGAACAUCUGCAUUAUGAGCAGGUUUGUAGCAAAGAGGAAUGGAUAUACAAGCAGGAUGAUUACACUAUGACCAGUCUUGGCCAGCUGAGCAACAUUCUUCAUUCCUUUGAGACACCUUCAAGCCUCAUGAGCAAGGUCGUUGCUGCUUCACUGAGUGUUCCGGCUAUUUGUGUGGCUGCUUUCAACUAUGACUAUGAAGAUUCCUCAGGACGCUGCCAUGGGGCACCUUAUGCACGUAUGAAGGCUUUAAGGCAGUGGCUAGAUGACAGCAAAACUGCAAAGAAAGGCAUGGCAGGAAUUCAAAAAGGUUUUGCCGAGUCUUCCGAGACAGAAGGCGGCACAACAACAAGCAGCAGCCUUGAAGACUACCCUUCUGAACGACCAUUGGUGUGUGUGAUCUCCAAGAAUGUUGAGCACGAAGCUGCUGUUCCCCAGGGAUACUGCACGCAUCUCGUCUUCUCUGGCGCACUUUUCAACCAAGCUACACAGACCAUUGUUGUUCCAAGAGGAACAUGGCGCUGGAGGCAGCUACGCCGUGACAUGGCACUCUUUCUUGGUUUCGAUGAUAACAGCCUAAUUAGAUACCUGAUCAAGUAUGGCUCCAAAGCGGGCCUGGCCUUUGGCACGCUGGCAGCAGAAGUGCUGAGAGAGCAGAGUUUCAAUGGACUUGCUUUACUGAAUGUGAACAGAACAUCUCAGAGCAUAGCGAAAUUGUCAGACGGCCUCGCAGUGAUUCAUGAGUUAUUUGGCAAUGACCUGCAAGUCGUGGUUAGCCUGGAUAUUGUUGACGUUGCUGCACCUCCAACCCUGAUGGCAGUUCGUCUUCAUGACAUCUUCAGGUUCAGUCAUUUGGUGGUAUUCCAGACCCACUACAGGCAAUCACUUGGGUAUUGUGAAGUGGCAUUGACAUCCACGUUUGACAUACCCAACCAUUCUCCAACAGUUCCUGUGGACACUGCUCUGCGCUGGCUUGGACAUAUGGGUACUGGCAAGCAGGCGUGCUUCUCUGUGAACUUGGCCAUUAUGGAGUUCUCAGCCACAGGUGACUCGUACCUUUGCCAACAGAGGAAGGUUCUUAAUUAUGCCGAGGCUUGUGACACCGAAAACUGGGUCGAGGUGCGCCAACCUCGCGGUGCACUGUGCACUCUUCGGCAAAAGGGCAAGCUCUGGCAGGCAUAUGAAACUGAAGAUCAACUCUCUGCUAAGGUUAGCAAAGCCUUCGAUCGCAACACAGGAGCAUGUGUUGCAUUAUUUAAUGUGGACUAUGAGAACUACAACAGUGCCUGCUUCCAGAAGUUUGGCCGAAUGACUUCAGUAGUGCAGAAUUACCUGAGCUACCAGCACCAGAGACCACGACCAUUGAAACGGAGAGGACCAGUGAAGCUACCAUUUAACAGAACACAGUCAUCAAAGAACAACCAUCCAGAAUUGAUAAAGAACAAGUUUAUUCAUGAUGCUUGGUCCUUUCUUCUACAGAAAAAGCUCGAUGUACCAGGCCCAAGACUACCUCGGGGCAACCUCAUGUCCUUGCGUGUGCCCACUUCAAGUCGUCCACUGCUUUGCGUUCUUAGUGAAGAGUGGGCAAAUAUCGCUGAUGUUCCAGAAAUUUACUGCUCUCACUUUGUUAUUGAUGUGGCGCACCUGAACUUCAAAACUGGCUUGACCAAAGACCCUAUUACAUUACUAAAAGAAAAAUUUGGCAAGAGACGUCAGUAUUUGGUGAAAGUGUCUAAAAUACCCAUGCGGAAUGUCACACAGUACGCUCAGGAGCUGUCGGCAUCCAUUUCAAAGCUGCAGUUGAACGGCAUUGCAGUGCUAAACCAGCACAUAGCGUCGCCUCUUUUGUCCUUGUUUAAUGAAAGGCUCCAGCUUUUCAGGCAUUCAAUGAGGAAGGAUCUAAUCUUGGUUGUGGGUCUUGAGGUACCAGACUUUGACGAGAAGCCAAGGGAGGUUGCCAAACGACUGGUGCCACUUACUAGGACUGCUGACAUCAUCGUCUUGCAAACACACUUUAGGCGCCUCUGGAAGUUCUGCCGCACAGCUUAUCCUUCUAUUGUCCAGGAGAGCAAUAACACUUGCCAGCAGUCAGUGCCUAUGUUGAAUGCGCUAAAGUGGGCCAAGCUUGUGGAGACAAACAAACACAUGUGCCUUUCAGUCAACUUGGCCACCCUGCGGUUUCAUUAUGUCGACAUCCCAGGCUCUGAUCUUCCAUGCACCAAGUCUCGAGAAAUAGCUAAUUACUGCGAAUCUGGCACAUGGAAUGAGUCCACUGAUGCACAGUUCUCCAUGAGUGCACAUCGAUACAACGAUGGACAGUGGGAUGCAUUUGAAGAGGAGCUAUUGAUCAAAGCCAAGGUGGAAAAAAUAGAGGCUGCUCGUCCCAAGAGCUGUUGGGCUGUCUUUAACAUCGAUUAUGAUCGAGACACGGUAGCCUGCAGUGUGCACAAGGAGCGUUUUGCACGUCUCAAGUCGCUAGGCAAAGCAGCUGGCUACAGCCCUGAUUGGAAGGACAGUAAUCAGUCAGUUAAAGACAGCACAGCGAGAGGUAGGAUCGGUACUGCACCUUAUAACAGAACACAGGCAGGAGGAUCCCUCCUCUGUUUGUUCAGUGGUUCCAUCUCUGAGGGCUUGCUGCCACCAGAAGGCCUCUGCACAGCGGCCAUCUACACCAGCGUCUCAUAUGAUGAAGUCAAGAAGGCCUUGGUUGUCAAAGAUGGAGACUCUCUACAGCAUUUCUCGACCCUUACCAGGCAUCUGCGUUUGGUGGGUGCUGGAGUGGCACCAGGUGCUCUCUGGGCCAACCUGGCACGAGAUUUUGCGCUUGAGAGCACAGCCUGGCUUCGGGUGAAGGGCUUCAACACACUGGCUAUUCUGACGGACCAGUGGCCUCGCCCAGACGUGCUUAAUAUCUUCAGGGAACUGCGUAAAGUUUUCAAAAUGACGGAAGAAUUUGGCAAAGUCUCCAUCAUCCUUGGAAUACCACCGCAGCGAAAAAUUAAUGAUUUACUGUUCCUGCAGAAGGAGCCUGUGGACAUGGUGAUAUUCAUGGGCCAUCACCAGCCAGGCCGUGAGCCAUGCCAUGUCAUGCAUCCUUCCAGUUUGUCGAAAACCACAAGCACAUUAUCCAGUCUGGUUGAAACCACGCAGGUCAUAAAGACCCUUUCCAGCAAGUUGAACGUCACCACAUCAAUUUGCGUCUCUGUGAACCUGGCUGUGUUGACGUUUACUCUUGGAAGUACAGCGAAGUUCAAGCUGGGCACUCGGUGCUUGCAGGAGACUGUUAGCAGUUAUGCUGAGGUCUGCCCAUCACACAGUGGUCCAGACAUAUUCUACGAUAGUGCUCUAUCCUGUUACAAGCAAAACUCAACACAUGUGCAGACAUUUGAAAAUGAAGGCACAUUGGAGAUGAAGGUUGAGUUCCUCAAGAAGCAUGUACCCACUCCUUGUGUGGCAGCCUUCCACGCCGAGUACGAAGACACAGAAGUAGUUUGCCCAAACAGAGUGGCCUUUUCACGUAUUGCUGCCCUUCGGGAGAGUUUAGAUGCACCACUGGGUCGUGAAAGCUCCAAUAGGACUCAAUCCCCAAACACAAGCAUGCCUGCGGUUCCAGGCCCAUCAGAAACUCUGCUCUGUGUGUUCUCCGAACGUAUUGUGGAGCCGAGUUCUCUGCCAUAUGGACUGUGCACCCACAUUAUCUACACAGGCCUAAAUUACGUACCUGGAAACAAGCAAAUCAUUCCUCUUGAUGAGUUUGCCUUCACGAGUUUCCUGAAACUAAGGAAACAUGCACGACUCCUGGCUGCAGUUCCAUUUGACACAGUAUCAGACCUGACAAAUACUUCAGACGUAGAGUCUUUCUCGAAUGUCAUCUCUUCGUGGUUGAUGAAAAAUGAUCUCAUGGGUCUUGCUUUGUUUUCAACUCUCAACACAAAUUUUGAGCAAGUGUACACUGUCACCAAGGUGCUUCGCUGGCAGUUCAUGAACUUGAAGUUGAAGCAUCUGCAACUCAUCUUUGGGGCCCCCAUUCAUGUCAUUACCCCAACACUCAUCCGUAUUGCAGAUAUUGUGAACUAUCUUGUGUUCAUUCAUCAUGAUCCAGUACACCAGUCUUGUCGUCUGGAGACAAUGCUGACAAAGCAACUUGGAAAACGUGAACUGGUGGAGACCAUAAAUCUGGCAAAGAAAAUGACACUGGAGGUGCCAUCGGCCACAUUAUGCUUGUCACUCAGCCUGGCAGUAGUGAAUACGCCAAUGACACCAGGAGGCCAGCAGGAAUUAGUUCCAUGUGGCAACAAGACGCUCUCUACUUACGACAAGGUGUGCUCCAUGAACCAAGCAGCUACAAUUGUGGGGAAAGAUUUUGCUGGCAUGUAUCAACAAAGUGACAGUGCAACACUGUACUUCGAAAAUGAAGAAUCUCUUCUUGAAAAGGUCCAUGCUGCUAAGAAACUUUACCCUCUGAAAUGUGUUGCAACUUUCUACACCGACUAUGAAGAUGUGAAGGGAGUUUGCAAAACAAAGACACCAUUUUCUCGGCUUAAACAAAUUUCAAGGGCAUUGGGUUACCAUGAGACAAGGAAAGAACCAGUUCCUGCGGUGGAAGCUAGAAAUGGAACAUCGAAUGCGUCUCGGUCACUUGUUUGUGUAAUCACUGACAACUACCCAGACUUCGACAAAUUUCCAGUGGAGUACUGUGAUUACCUAUUAUAUGUUGACCCCAAUGUGAGGAUCAGGAAGAAUUCUUUCCGUGACUUCAUGGGUGGCACAUUUGAAACAUUCUUGCGCUAUCAGUCACGACCCAACCUGCAGGCAGUUAUCGGAUUUCUGGUGAACAACGAUACCUGGAAACUUCUGCUCUCAGACAGCGUAAGCUAUGCUGUGAACUUGGGUGCCUGGCUGCAAGAGAAAGGAUUGGGCAGUUUGGCAUUUGUGAUGCCAGAUGUAACAGAUGCCAUCGCAGAACAUCUGCUUGUCUUCGCAAAUCUGUUUAAGAAGAAUUAUCCUGAUCUGAAGCUCGUGCUUGCUUCUCCCGUGACUGAAAAACCUACUGCUUUGCUUCCAUUUGUUGAGGUUGUGGACAUGCUGAUAUUCUUGACACACCGCAAGUCACCAGAAUCUCCAUGCAGAAUAACACUGCCAUCCACGAGAUCAAUCCUUCAGGAUGAGAAUAAUGACUUGGCAGCAUCGGCUCUUUUCAUGCAAGCCUUUGGGGACAAGAAACAUCAGCCAAUGAUGUGUUUCUCACUUAACUUUGCAACGCUGAAGUUUGUUGUGAAAGACAACAGAACUGAAUUCGGUGCUCCAUGUGAAAAAGAAACCUGGGUCAACUACUAUGAGACAUGUCCUCGCUCUGGAAUCUUUGAAGGCUUCUUCACUGGAUUCAAGACCAUGGUGCAGUUUUCAGACAAGACAGUUUGGACAUACGAGGACGAACACACAGUGUCCUGGAAACUGCUGUCCUAUCUGCAGUCCAACCCAAUGACAUGCGUAGCCGCUUUCAACCUUGACUAUGAAGACCGAAGAGGCGUUUGUCGGCAGCCUUACUCCAGGCUUGCCAGGCUCAGCAAUGCUCUUGACAAACUCCACACUGAAGAGUCAUACAAAGCAUCACAAUUCAAGGACACGCUUGUCAAGCCAGCUACUUCUGAAAUUUCGACCAAGCCUGGUGAUUUUACAGCCAAAAGUGAACUUGCCACAACUACAGCCAUUCCCAACAAGGAAUCUGCAGCCAGUUUAAAUCACACGGUUGUGAUAAACCCUGCUGACCGAGGACAUGUUGGAAUCCCAAAUACAAGUGGUUCGUUGGUCUGCAUCCUAUCAACUGCCCCAGAAGGAUUCCCAUACGACCUGUGCACGCACCUAAUCUUUAAAGACAUCUCGUACGACUCAAACAAGAAUGUUAUCAAGGCUAUAAAAGCGACUGAGCUCCUGGCAUUCUUACGCGUGGCAAGGAAGUCAUCAGCCACCACGGCCAUCUUGGUAAAUGCAGCAGAAAGUGGCCUUAUGGAGCCCUUACAUGUGAAUGUCGUUAAGAGAUUCGCACAGAGAUUGAGCAUGUGGCUUCGUGAACGGGCAGUACAUGGUGCAGCCCUAUUUUCAUCCCUUUAUGCUGACAUCAAAGCCUAUGAUUAUGUUGUGCUGACAGUUUGGCGUCAUUUUCAAGCUCGGGCUUCUUUGAGACUCAAGCUUAUAGCUGGAAUCUACUUUGAGCACUUCAAGUCUGCUUCAUCCUUACAGUCAUUGAGCAGGAACUCUGACCUGCUCCUCUUGCUCACGCAUCGGAUUGCUGAGCCUGAUACAUGCAAUGUUGAAUACCCUUUGCUUUUCUACUUCACAAGGAAUGAUUACAAGUUCAUGAAAUCAGUGUGUGACAAAGCACGUUGCUCAGUCUGCCUUUCGUUGAACCUUGCGGUCACAACAUCUGCGGUGAUCCACAACAAGUUCCGGUUUGGUGAUGUGUGCAGACAACACAGCAUCGAAGGAUAUGACCAGACUUGUCUAGCCUCAGGUCAUGUGGAGAGAGAUCUCGACUGGGACAUGGCGCUGAGGAAGAAUGCCAGUCAUUUGCAGGCCUUUGAAGAUGACACCAGCCUUACCCGCAGGGUUACAUCAUUUUUCGAUGUACAUCCAACAAGCUGUGUCGCUGCUUUUCAAGCUGACCUUGAAGACCUCUCUGGUAAAUGCCCAGGUCAGCCAAAAUAUUCAAGGCUUCUUACACUAGCAAAACUGGUUGGAAGGGACACAGAAACACUGCUGGGGAAAACAGAUUCAAGAGAGCGCAGUGGGGGCAAGAAGCUCACACUAGAAAAAAGGCCUUUCAUUUGUGUCAUCAGAAAGCAACACAUUUCUACUCAAUUUCCGAAAAGCCUUUGCACACAUCUGGUGUACUUGAGUGUUACCUAUGACAUGUACAAGAAGAAGCUCUAUGAAGGCAAGUGGCAUGAAUGCUCUCAGCAUGAAUGUGGACGUUUUUUUUUUUUUUUUUAACACCGGAGCUGUUAUACGCUAGUUUCCAGCAGAUCGCUGUGUGCGUAGGUUGAGCGCGUAGACCAAGAAUGCCAUAGCCUCAAUACAAAGCAAAAGUGUGUCGCCGGUGUGCCCGAGCUGCGUUUAAUAGCCAAUGGCUGUGUCUCUUUGGCUGGUGACGUCAUGCACUGCAUAGGCACGUUAUCUCAGUUGUGUUCCGGCAGUGUAAGGGGUAGACCGCCUAUUGUGCGGACCGAGAAAGAACAGCAUGCCUACGAAGAACGACAGCAUGAGCAGAAGUGGGAAUGGGCGCAAAGGUGGCGGGAGGCUGCUAACACCUCCCGCCGCCUUCGCGCCCAUUCCCGCUCAAGCAUCAUUACAGAACCCAUGGCCAUCUACCAUAGCGACCACAAAGCUAUAGUCACCUUAGUGGCAAAAUAAUAAAGACAGUAGAAAAUGACAAUUCAUGUGGUAUGUGUCUUUAUUUAAAUCAAUAUAGUUUAUCACCAUAUAUAUAGCUCCGCUGGUCAUCCACCUUCACAGAAUGGAAUGGCACUGA